UUUCCGGACGAUGGCCAGAAAAGCAGAGCUCUCUCAUUGGCUAUCGCUCGUCGCUCAUCGCUCAUCGCGCGCAGUGUGCAGAGGCCAUGCUACUAGGGUACUGGAGAAAUGUAAUUUUACGGUUUGAUAUCUCACUGAGCUCACUUAUCAUCGUACUACGUGACUGCAUUCUAAAAAGCUAUUCAAUACCGGGAAAUUUUAAGUGUAACUGAUCUUGAUAUCGAAAAGUAGUUUCAAAUGAAAUUAUACUUAUUUACCUUAAGAAGGGUGGAUCGCGACGAUACAAUAUUGCCAUGCUAAACCAUGUUAAAAAUAUUAAGAAUUUCAAAAUGAUAAGAAUUUAAUAAAAUUUGUGGUGUGAGGAUUUGGAGGAUCUCCUACAAUGCCCAAUUUGCAUGGAGCGUCCGAAAAACGUUAUAUACCAAUGUAUUCAAGGACACCAUGUGUGUCAAAUUUGCAUGCCAUCAUUACCACGAUGUCCAACAUGUUCUCAAUCAUGGUCAAUGUCUAGAAAUCGGUUUGCAGAGCAUUUAUGCACAAAACUCGAUGAAAUAAAGAUGUCAUUGAUUGAUCCUGAGAACGAGAUCAACAAACUCCUUAUACCGGAGAAAGUUUCCGUAGCAUCUCAAACUGAUGAGAUGGAAACCCCGAUCAAAAAAAUUCAACGUGGAACAGGACAUCAGGGUAAAAUUUAUCCUUGUCUGAUAGGUACUUGCAAAAUACAAAAACAAUAUGAGGCGAUGUUAAAGCAUCUAAUCAUCGAUCAUCGUGAUCAACACUCUGAGCUGAAUAGCGGCAGAGGAGUGUUUGAGCAUCAUUGGAAUUUCCACUGUGCGCCAGAUAUGAUAUUUGAUCGAAGUUUUCUUGUAGCUGACAUGGGAACGUUUUUCUUGAAACUUUCCACUGAUAUAUUUGGUAACUUUACCGGAUAUCUCUUGAUGUUACACAAUGGGGCGAUUGCAAAGCAAUUUACCUAUGAGAUUGAAGUGAGUUGCUGUGCGGAACAUGCAUCUUCCGUUUACACCAGCGAGCUGUGUACAUGUCGCGUACCACUUUCAGUGAUGCGCGAAAAAAGUUUGCAUAUUAGUCGCAAAGAACUACUUAAGAUGCUCGAUCACAAGGAUGAGCUUACGUGCACAAUAAUGAUUGGGAAACCACCUGACACCGAGGUUCAAGCAGAAUAAAAAGUACCGGUAAAUAUUCGGAAGUGCGGCUUUUCCCAAAAAUGGUGAUAACAUUUUUUUUUUCGUCUGGACUCUUUCAAUUGGUCACCACUAAUGAUAUUCCGUCGGGGGAGGCUAACAUUUUCCAUAAAACCCAUGAGUUAUGGGGUUUCACCCAUAACUCAUGGGUACCAUCGCGUACCUAAAGACUCUCCGAAGUACAAGCCACUGAAAGUGGCUCCUAAUGGAGUAGCAU